CGUCCGGCCUGCCCGCCGUGAGGCCCCCGCCGCCCGCGGGCACCCGGAGCCAGGCCCGCAGCGGUGAGUGACCGUGCGCCCGCGGCCCUCCCUUCACCCCGGGCCCGGCCCUCCGUCCGGAGCCUGCCGCCGCCCUCCGACCCUACCGCGUCCCGCCCCCUGGCCCGGCAGGCACCCUCCCGGUGUGACCCGAGAGGGACCCCGGCCCCCUGACCUGCAGACUGGGCUCAACACCCAGCACUUGUGACCACUCUUCCACCUGCCUCCAGCAGACACAUCUCUCUACCAAACACCUUUACCCCUUCGCCACCCGUGGGAAACCAGAGCCUCUUAGCACCCCAGCUCCAUCUCUCCUCCCCAUCUUGGGGUUGCGUGCCUGACCAGUUUUCCGACCGUGUUUUCCACAAAGCAUAAGUCUGGGUACACGAGUCUGUUGAUGUCGUCUGAAUCUGGCUGGCUCUUCAGUAUAAGUACCAAAACUUGAAAAAAUCAAGUCACAGAAGGAUCCUAAAAGUCCCACCCAACCUUCAGUCUGAUGCCCAUCCCGCCCUCCGACCGCCUGGAAUGGAAUGAGUCUAUGCACUCCCUGCGGAUCAGCGUGGGGGGCCUUCCUGUGCUGGCGUCCAUGACCAAGGCCGCGGACCCCCGCUUCCGCCCACGGUGGAGGGUGAUCCUGCCAUCCUUUGUGGGUGCUGCUGUCCUCUGGCUGCUGUACUCCCACCGCCCAUCCCCAGGCAGGCCCCCCACCUACAACACACACAACUGGAGGCUCAGCCAGACACCUGCCAACUCGUACAAUGACACCUACCCUCUCUCAGUCCCCCAGAGGACACCAGGUGGGAUUCGGUACCGAAUUGCAGUCAUUGCUGAUCUGGACACAGAGUCAAGGGCCCAAGAGGAGAACACAUGGUUCAGUUUCCUGAAGAAGGGCUACCUGACCCUGUCGGACAGUGGGGACAAGGUGGCUGUGGAGUGGGACGAAGACCCUGCGGUCCUGGAGUCCCACCUGGUGGAAAAGGGGAGGGACAUGGAGCUCUCAGACCUGAUCGUCUUCAAUGGGAAGCUCUAUUCUGUGGAUGACCGGACAGGGGUCGUCUACCAGAUUGAAGGCACCAAGGCUGUGCCCUGGGUGAUCCUGUCAGAUGGUGAUGGGACAGUGGAGAAAGGCUUCAAGGCCGAGUGGCUGGCAGUGAAGGACGAGCAUCUGUAUGUGGGCGGCCUGGGCAAGGAGUGGACCACCCCCACAGGGGACAUGGUGAAUGAGAACCCGGAGUGGGUGAAAGUGGUGGGCCACAGAGGCAGCGUGGACCACGAGAACUGGGUGUCCAGCUACAACGCUCUGAGGGCUGCCGCUGGGAUCCAGCCACCAGGCUACCUUAUCCAUGAGUCUGCCUGCUGGAGUGACACACUGCAGCGCUGGUUCUUCCUGCCACGCCGGGCCAGCCACGCACGCUACAGUGAGAAGGAGGAUGAGCGCAGGGGCACCAACCUCCUCUUGAGCGCCACCCCAGACUUCAGCGAGGUCACCGUCAGCCGCGUGGGGGAGGUCGUCCCCACACAUGGCUUCUCAUCCUUCAAGUUCAUCCCCAACACCGAUGACCAAAUCAUCGUGGCUCUCAAGUCCGAAGAGGACAGUGGCAAGAUCGCCACCUACAUCAUGGCCUUCACGCUCGAUGGCCGCUUCCUCCUGCCAGAGACCAAGAUUGGAAGUGUGAAGUAUGAAGGAAUAGAAUUUAUUUAGAUUUUAAAACUUCAGCCAUUAACCAAGGCUGACGGGUGGACAGUCUGAAGCAGCAUCAAGACUCAGAUUUUAUAAAAGCCGAGGACUGCACUUCCCAUUUGUCUCUCUCCAGAGAUGAGGCGUGUGCCUGGCUUAGCAGUGUCGGUGUUGGAGGGUUGGGGGGUUGGUCGUAGGCUGGGAAGGGUGGAGGUGCUGGGACCGCCAUGCUCCCCGCAUCUCUGCUGCCACAUCACCAUCGUGUCCUGAGCUGGCUGGCCCUUCCUCCCUUUUCUUUCCUGUUCUUGUGUUCAAUAGAAUUCCUGUUUGGAAAGCCCCCUCCCCCACCCCCAGUUACGGUGAGUGUGAGGUGGACCUGCCUUCUGGGAACUCCAAGGCCACCCCCUUUUUCUCCUACUUUGUGAGCCUCGGGCAUUAUCUUCAUCCCUGCAGGUCCUUGGCUAGAAGAUGUUUACAUUGCAGAACACCACAGGGCCCCCGGGACACACCUGCCCACAGUUGCCACAGGAAAGGGUACAGGCCCAGCCCAUCUCUGGUUCCCAAACCCCACAUAAAACAUCCUCCACUUUUUA